UCUGCCUGUGCCAACACACUACGUUGUACACGAUGAUUUCACGAAUUCUUACAUCCACCGCUCCGUGCCGGUUUGGUAGCGGCGUUGUGUUUGAGAGGACCAUCCGACACGCCGCUAGUGGAGUAGUGCAUCGCCGUCACUUGAGCCACGAACGGAACAUAGUUCAAUCGCCCUUCGGCAACGUGGACAUCCCUGUAAAGAAUAUAACAGAGUAUAUAUUUGAAGGUUACGAGAAGUGGGCAGACAAACCGGCCGUUACAUGCGGAGCUACGAAACGAUCGUACACAUACGGGAUGACUUACGAGAUGACAAAACGGAUGGCGCGUGGUUUGCUAUCGCAGAAGGGCUGUGCCAUGCGCAGUAACGAUGUUUUGGGACUGCUGCUUCCGAACAUACCAGAGUUCGUCCCGGCACUGCACGGUGGAUUGUUGGCAGGUUUAUCCGUCACGUUCGCCAAUCCCUUGUACACGGCGGAGGAAAUAUGUCGCCAGUUUGAAAAUGCCGGUGUGUCGACCAUUGUCACCCUGCCGAUGUUGCUGCCGGUUGCGGAGAUGUUUAAAUCCAAAGUGAAACACUACAAAGGAACCAUCUGCAUCGGGGGAACGCAUGAUCUCGAUAAGAACAUCUACGGAUUCGAGCAAUUUCUGAAAGAAAAUCAUCGUUGUGAACUUCCCGAAAUCGAUUGUCAUAAAACGGCCAUUCUACCAUACUCGUCCGGUACUACGGGAAUGCCGAAGGGUGUGGAACUGUCGCAUUACAACCUUGUCGCAAAUCUAGCACAAGGAUCCCACCCUUCCAUAUCCAAAUAUUAUCAACCGGAGUAUAUCGAUAAGAAGGACACUAUCUUGACCAUUCCACCAUACUUCCACAUUUAUGGAUUGAAUGGUAUUCUGCAUUCCGUGCUGAAGACCAAAAAUCACGUUGUGUCAAUUCCCAGAUUCAUUCCGGACGAUUACAUCCAAUGUCUAGCGGAGUUCCGUCCCCAGUUUCUGUUUGUGGUACCAUCGUUACUGCUCUUCCUUGCCACACAUCCAAAGGUGACUCCCGAGCUUCUGUCGUGUGUAGAAUCUGUGCUGGUCGGAGCUGCACCGGCCUCGUUGCAGCUGCAAGAGAAAUUCCGUACCAAGGUUGGACGAGACGUUGAUAUUGCGCAGGGCUAUGGCAUGACGGAAAGUUCACCGGUUACGCUCUGUACACCACAUCGUUACGAUCAGUCGAAGGUCGGCACGUGUGGUCAGCUGUAUCCCAACACAGAGGCAAAGAUCGUAUCGCUCACCGAUGGUAGCAAUCUUGGGCCGCAUCAGACCGGAGAGUUAUACCUGCGUGGGCCACAAAUUAUGAAAGGCUAUUUGAACAAUGAAGCCGCCACCAAGGAAACGCUGGUUGAGAAUGGUUUCCUACGUACCGGAGAUGUCGCCUAUUACGACAAGGAAGGAUUCUUUUUCAUCGUCGAUCGGACGAAGGAGUUGAUUAAGGUGAAAGGAAACCAGGUGUCUCCAACAGAGCUGGAAAAUAUUAUUCUCGAACUACCGGAAGUUAGCGACGUGGCGGUUGCUGGUGUGCCGGAUGAAACGGCAGGCGAACUUCCGCGUGCCUUUGUCGUCGUUAGGCCGGGUACCGAUCUGAACGAGAAAGAGGUGCAGGACCACGUAAAGGGACGAGUCGUCAAAUACAAACAGCUGGCCGGUGGUGUAAUAUUCGUCAAGGAAAUUCCACGCAAUGCGGCUGGCAAAGUCAUUCGGCAGCAGCUACACAUGAUGGCAGCUCAGUUCGAAGAUUGAACACGCUAAUCACGGUUACAAGCAGCACGGUAACAGGCUAUCAACUCCUCACUUGUACAGAAAUAAAGUAGUCCAUU